AUGUUCGCCAACAACACCAGAGCACAAUCAUCGACGGCAGCGCGAAGGCUGAUGAAGGAGUAUCGCGAUCUAACAGCAGACCCGCUGCAAGAUAUGAUUACAGCCGGCCCGAUAUCCGAGGACAACAUGUUGGAAUGGGAAGCUCUGGUGCAGGGACCCGAGGGAACUCCAUAUGAAGGUGGUAUAUUUGCGGCCAAGUUGCGCUUUCCAUCCGACUAUCCACUCAACCCCUUCAAGAUGACCUUUGAUCCACCUCUACUCCAUCCGAACAUCUAUCCCAACGGCGAUGUCUGCAUAUCCAUCCUCCAUGCCCCCGGCGACGAUCCUAUGCGGUAUGAAACCGCUUCCGAGCGAUGGAGCCCAGUGCAGUCGGUGCGAAGCGUCCUCCUCAGUGUACUGAGCUUGAUGCAUGCGCCCAACAGCGACAGCCCUGCUGAUGUAGAGUGUGCCAAGCUAUACCGCGACGAUAAACCCGAAUUCGAGCGGAGGGUACGGGCACAGGUCAAGAGUCUCUUGGGUAUCUAG